AUGGACCUUGCACAUCGGGACACACCUACAAAAGAACACUGGGCUAGGGGUAGUCCAAUAUUUCCGACAUUAGAAUGGAAGCCACGGCCGGCAAGGGUGGACUUCCCAGGGUCUUUACCUAGUCAGUCUUGCUCGUGUCGGCAAUGGAUAAAGGUUGAGUGCGGGACGCCGGGGAUCCACAUUCGCAAGCCGAUCUCAGACUGCUCUCAGGUUCCGUUGCUGUGUGGACGUGUCCUUCAAGAUAUGUGCAGCAUGAGGCCGAUUCUGGUAGCGACUCUCUUCCUGUCGGCGGUGGCCAGCCAAAUGCCUGCGCCCCUGAUCAUCCGGCCCGCUGUCUUCGUCAGCGUGGCAGCAUCUCAGGCUAUGGGUCAGCAGGCUGCCGUCUCUUUUGGCCAGCCAUUGGCCAGGCAACAUUUCAUGUUUCGAGGGGACCACUUAACGCGGCGAAGCAACGGUCAAGUUGGCUCCCCUCUUCUGCGAAACUCAGCGCCGCAGCAGCCUUCACCAGUCCGGGCCCCUCAGCCACAACCAGCGCCUCAGCAGCAGUUCAGCAAUCAACCAGUGCAGCCAGCACCACAAAGGUUCAACAACCAACUGGCUGGUUCUCGACAAGCACAGCCGUCUCUGCUGUUUGAUAAUCAACAGCCAAGAUUGCCGCAAGCUCAGUCGUCUCUGCUGUUUAGUAAUCAAAAACCAAGAUUGCCGCAAGCUCAGCCGUCUCAACCACAACCCAUUAAUUCCCAAAACAGUCAGUCAAGACAAACAGCACCUCAAAAGGUCAACCAACCGGCUGGUUCCCCACAGACACAGCCAUUGCAGCCAAUCAGAAAUCAAGCAGGUUCCCCACUGAGGCAACCCGCUCAGCAAGUCAACAAUCAACAACCAAGUUUAUCACAAGCACAACCAUCUCGACAACAAUUUGACAGCCGACGGACAGGUGGUUCACAGCAGCCACAGUCUGCAGGCCAUGUCCAGAGGAGCAAUGCAACGUCACCGCAGUUCGCGGCCAGGCCAGCGGGACGCCACUUCCUGUGCGGGGUGAUUCCCGACCCAGGCGAAUGUCGAGCAGCAUUCCCGAGGUACUACUUCAACACGCAAACGAACCAGUGCGACUGCUUCCUCUAUGGUGGCUGUGGGGACGAGGGCCUCGAAUCGAGCUACUCGACGCUAAACGAGUGCCGGGCAACGUGCCUUCCGGCCAUCCAGUUCGAAGGACCCAACUGCAAGAAGGUGUUCCAAGACGACGAUAUCUUGUUCGAGCCAGCUGCGUCCUUGCCGUCUUUGCCUGCCCCGUCCAUCACGUCCGGGACGGCUCCGGGGGCUCAACCAGCGCUUCCUGCAAGACCCGACAGUGAAAAUGGUGCAUCACAAAACAAAAGCGUAACACAACAAACAGCUGGAGAAUCCGUCAGUGUGGCAUCGAACCAACACACCCCGGGAAAGGCACCAACAAACCGUCAUACACUUUGUGGGAAAAUGCCCUCCCCAGGAACAUGCAGAGGGGCCUUCCCGAGGUACUAUUACAACGAAACCAAUGACCAGUGUGAUUGCUUCCUCUAUGGCGGAUGCGGAGACGAAGGUUUAGAGUCGAGCUACGCAACCUUAGCGGAAUGCCUGCGAGUGUGCCUCCCGCAGGAGACGCUCGAGGGCCCCGCCUGCAAGGAGGUCUUCCAAGAUGACCAGGAGGAUUUCGAGCCUCUUGCUUCAAAACCCCGGCCCACUCCUGGCCAGAGUUCGAGCGUUGACACGAGCAACAUUGCAGAUGAGGAUUUGCUCGGACUCUUUGGUCGCUAAGACUGACGAGGCGACUUAUGAACAUUAAGUCGUUUCAGAUUUGUCGAAAUUCCUGGCUCAGGGUUCAAAUAACUCGAUUCUUAACGUUGUUUCGAGGCCUCGAUCUUGGACACGAACGCUUCCCCUAAUUGUACCUGCACAAUGCACACUAAUGAAGUGAGAGGGAGUUUUACCUCAAGUUCUAAAGAAAUACUAGACGCUUCCUUACAAAUUAUUGCACGGGUAAAGCUUUCGUAUUGUCAUGAUAAAUCGAUGGUCCAUUUUCUAUUUAUGAAUGUUAAAUUAUUGCACCGGUAAGGCAUUCCUAUAUUUAUAUUUAAUCGAGCUUACUCUUCUCUUUACUAUGAUGUCCACUCUGAUAAACACUAAGGGCGUAAAGCACUAUGGUCAUAAGAUCUGCAUUGGAUUUUCUCGCACAUUAUUCAUGUAAUUUCAACAAACACCAAAAAUAUCGCUGUUCUCAUUAAAGAUAUGCAAAUACAAUGAGUUCAGUCUGAAAAAAUGUG